AUGGCUGAUCUUCGACGUACAAUUAUUAUUCUGAUGGCAUUAGCUUGUGUAGUCACUGCUGUAGGUAUUAUUCAUUGUCAUUCUAACUAUUAUUCCUAUACCCAAACAUGGUACUCAUAUCGUACGGGUUAUACUAUACUUUUUCCUAUACUAUUUAGUUUAACUGGCUUUCUUCUUAUUGAACAGCUAUUAAUUACGGAUGGAACCUUAGCACCACUAAAUCGACUUCGUAUUAUUUAUGCAUUUGGUGCUGCUAUUGCACUUAUUAUAUUUGGUAUUGGUGCCGCUAUCGAUGCUAGCCGUUACCAUUAUCGUGAGCGUUACGAAAGCUAUUAUCAUAGUGCCAUUAUUGCUGCUGUUAUUGCUUUUAUUGGUGGUGCAAUUUAUAUUGGAGAAGCAGUAUCUCGUAAUCGCAAAAGUCGUAUCAUCUAA